ACUUUAUAAAUCACAGAUUAGCUGCAUGAAUAAAUAGAUUUUUAUUUUUUACUGGAAAAGGCCAAGCGUGCGUGACUACAACUUGUAUCGUCCAAAAUUAUGUCACAGUAAAAGAGCACGAACCAUCCACCAUCCACAGACAGAGAAGACAGACAUGCGCCAACAAUCUGAGCAUUUCAAUGGGACAUCGACAACAGUCAUUUAACAUCUGGAUCGAAAGUACCGCUUUGUAUUUAUCGUGGAUUCUCGGUCAUCCCAUGUUUGGCCGUUACCUGAGCACAGUGGGCUCUCCGUCAGCUCAGACCAUUUACUACCACUGGAGACACUGGUAUCAGCCAGGUCAUUUAUGGUUGACACAUCCAUCCCACCUGCAGCAUCCCUCGUCCUCCUUCAGCACUGUCAGACACCCCUCCAGUAGGCCCCCAAGACCUCCAAAUCCAAACUGGAGCUCCUGGAGGCAAACUGGAUUACUGCCACACACACAACCCAGACGAGGCCUUCUGCUUUCUGCUGGUCUGAUGGACCGCUCUAAUAGCGAGCCACCACAGAAAAGAAAGAGGAGCGCAGACGGGAGGCAAGCAGGGGAUAAAUCUCAGCGCUCACCCGAACGUUCACCUCCAAAAGGCAGCAGGAGUCCAAAAGGAAGUCCUGAAUGGCUACGUAAUGUAACCGGCAGUCCAGUUCCUCCUGGAAAAUUUCCAUCAGACCCAAACAAGUCUCCAUCCACACCAGAGUUAAAGAGACAUUGGGAGGAUCUUUCUCACCUCUGUAAUGCUGCACCGUCUGUGAAUGGAGGGAGACAAAAAUGGCCAUUUGACUUUUCUGUGAUGUCCUACAAUAUCCUCUCACAAGAUCUGCUCUGUGAUAAUACGUACCUUUACAGACACUGUCAUCCUCCAAUUCUGGAUUGGCGCCAUAGGUAUCCAAACAUCAUCAAAGAGCUGGAACAGCACAGUGCUGAUAUAAUGUGCCUGCAGGAGGUGCAAGAGGACCACUAUAAGCAACAAAUCAAACCCUCGCUAGAAUCUUUAGGCUACCAUUGUGAAUACAAACGGAGAACAGGACUGAAGCCUGACGGAUGUGCUGUGGUCUUCAAACGCGAGCGCUUCUCUUUGGUCUCCUGUCACCCUGUGGAGUAUUUCCGGCGUGGCAUCCCUCUACUUGACCGUGAUAACGUGGGCUUGAUUGUGCUGCUCCAGCCCAUUGACCCCCAUAGCUCCCUCACCAACAUCUGUGUGGCCAACACACAUUUACUGUACAACCCUAGACGUGGGGACAUUAAACUGGCCCAGCUGGCUAUGCUGCUGGCAGAGAUAAGCCGGGUAGCCCAGUUACCUGACAGCAGCGUUUGUCCUGUGUUGCUCUGUGGGGAUUUUAACUCCGUUCCCUGGUCUCCCUUAUAUCGCUUUAUUAGGGACAGCAGACUGGAAUAUGAUGACUUACCUAUUGGAAAGGUGUCAGGACAGGAGGAGAACCCAAGGGGACAGCGUAUUCUAACUGUACCAAUUUGGCCCAGAAGUCUGGGCAUCUCUCAGCAGUGCCAGUAUGAAAGCCAAACAGCAGAUUUUGAUUUGAGGGAUUUAGAGCAAGCAGAACUGGAUGGUUUUACCAAGCCUAGCAUUGAGCACUGUUUGAAGCUGACCUCUGCAUACUCCCACUACCUGAAAGAGAGCGGUCACCCUGAGAUCACCACAUGCCACUCACGGACGGCCAUAACCGUCGAUUACAUCUUCUACUCUGCAGCUCUGGGGGAUGUGAUGGCUCAAGCAGAAUGCAGUGUGCCACAAGAGAAGGGUCUGCAGCUGCUGGGCAGGUUAUCCCUGGUGGGGGAAGAUGAACUCCAGAAGGUUAACGGUCUUCCCAACCAGCACAACUCCUCUGACCACCUGCCACUUUUGACACAUUUCCGUCUGCACCCUCGAGUUGAUGGCUGAAAGAACAAAAGCGUUUGGGAGUAUCAUAAAGCCUUUAAUAUGUUUGUAGCCAGAGAAGGAUCAUUUUUCUAACAAACUCAAAAAAUAAAAAUAAAAAAUGUUCUCAUGUUUGUUUCACACCAGCAAAAAAUGGCAUGACUCACAGAUUACCUUGAGAGUCAAUAACAAACUUGAAGGAAAAGAGGAACUUGGAAGUUAUUGAUAACUGAUUUACCCAGUGCAUUAUGGGAAGGUGACAUGCACACUGUAAUCAAUGAAUUAGGGAUGUUUUAUGACGAAAUAUGGCAACUUUGAUACUAAGCGAGUCAUUCAAAGAUGUAAUUUUUUUUUUCAAGGUUUUACGAGGUAACUAUUUGAGACUUGCAUCAUUUUAAAGAUUAUAAGAAGGUGAAAAAAAUAAAUAAAUGAUUUUAUCUUCAAUCUGAUAUUUGU